CUGUCACUCUAACAUCUUCAUUUCUUAUCAAAAGAAAAGGGAUCUGAGCAUCAAUUUUAGUGGAGGAUUUCUCAAUUUUCCUAGCUACUAUUAAAACCAUUUUGAAUGGCGAGAGAUCGAGAUUCAGUGAGAAAGAGCCAAGAGAUGAAGAUGUUGAAUACUUCGAAUUUCUAACGUAUCAACAAGAGUGGAUCUGUGGAGUUUUGGGGUCGAGAUUCAAAUCAAUCAUUUCAUUCUUUUUCCAACAGCAGCGAUUGAAUCGUGGGGUUCUCAUGUGGGUAUGCAACAUAUAUUGAAGUUACAACAGCAAUAAACACGGAAUUUGGGGGUUUUGAGGUUCGAUUUGGUCUGCAAUCAAUUGAAGAAGUUGGUACAGGCAUCUGCAAAUGGGGUAUUCAUUGUCUAUCUUUGAUGGCGGAAAUCGAUUAUUGCAGUGGUGUUUUUGGUAGUCGUGUGUAUAUGUAGGAUUCAUGGGACUUCACUUGCGUUGUGGGUGCUGUAAAGAAUUGGAGUUUGCUGUUUUGAUGUAAACUAAAAUUGGGUUCAUGUGAAAGGAAUUGAGGGAAGAAAUGAGUAGUGUGGAUGUAUACAGAUGUUGAGUUCGAGAUUUUGGGGGUCUAAUCGAUACUAGUUUCAUGAAAUUUACAGUCUCACUGAACAAGGAAGUGGAGGCGCAUACAGGAAAGCAAUUGGUUGAUUAUUGGGAUGUAUUGUAUGGGGUUUGUUGUCGUCCGAGCAGUGAAGUUGGGGUCAGUGUUGGCUGAUUUUAUUAUGCUACAAAGAAGGUGCUUGGACGAGAUGGCUGCCAAUGAUUCAUGACUGAAAAUGAUGUGUUUGUGUGAAAGGUUUGAUGGUGUAAUGAUUCAAUGGAUGUAUGAUUUCAGUUCCACAUCAUCAUCUGAAUUUUAGGGGUUUGUUUACAUGGGUUGCUGAAUCACUGGUGUAGAGAGCUGUUUAUAUCAAGUCAAAUACAGUUAACUGAUUUCAGAUUUUGUGAGCAGAAAUAUGUGGAAGACGUUACAGCUGUUGGAAUGAUUUUCCCCCAAUCUAAGAAAUGUUCGAAUCAAGUAGUUAGAGAAGAAGUCAAGUUGUUGCUGUAUAAAAUAUGAGCUUAAUCAACCAAGAAGGGCACGCUGGAAUACUGCAAACUUAAUUUUCUUUUUCUUUCAUUUCAUUUUUAGUUCUUUUUAACUCUCUUGUGUGUUAGAGUUUUUGAUUCAAUAUUUUUUAUGGUUAUCUACACAACAAUGAGAAGCUAAACCCCUCUCUGCCAAGACUAGAAGGGAAGCUUAAUGGGUUCAAGUAUCAUUUACAGUGAUCAUAAAUAAAGUCCAAGUUUUAAUCCAUUUCUUUGUCUCUGUUUGAUUGCAAUUUUGUGUUGGUAGUGUCUAUAAACUUCUUAGAUUCAUUGUGAUUUCCGGAUACAUUGAAUACUAGGGAAUCCCUGUGACAUUUCUCAAUCGAGCUUUAUGUUAGAAAUUUAAUUAAUUGUCAUGAAAUGGUAUUUGUUUAAUUACAUUGAGAUUCUAAUUUGUUAUAUCUACCGGGUAGAAUGAAUCGUUAUUCAUUUCUAUCUGAGUUAUAAUUUGAUCAUAUACAUACUUGAAUACAUUAGGUGAAACCUUAAAGUCUUGGUAGAAUUACAUCAACUGUUACUUUUUAUAAUUAUGUUCUCUGAUUUCUCAAUUACAAAUCAAAAUUAUAUUAUUGCUUUGCUAAACAAUUCUUCUGAGCACCAACAAUCUUUGUGGUUCGAACACGACUAUACUACACUUCUUUAUCUUUGAUACUCUGAAAAGAGUGAUCAAAUUUUGGCGCCGCGGGACGGGGAUUUUUUAGUGUUCCUUAGAAUUAAGUUUUGCAUAGGUUUAUUUUAAGUUUUGUUUUAGAGUUUUCUGAUUUAUGUUGCUUCUUAACAGGGAGUCAGAUAGCUCAAAAGACUUGGCUACAUUAGGAGAUGCUACGGGUGCAGGGAACAAGUGUUGUUGCUUCAGUUGUGAUUAGGCUGAAAUAUUGCCGAAAUCACAACCAUUUGGGUAACAUUAUAUAUGUUUCUUGUUUCUUUUGUGUAUGCAAUAUUCUAGGUCUGAUCAUUUUAAUCGACUGCGUAACUAUCACCGUUUAGCUAAUAGGGUAUUAGUGAAUCACCCUAGUCAUUCAAUGGAAGGUGAAGCUGAGAGAUUAGCGACUGAGGUUGAAGCUGCUAAAAUAGCUGCUGAGGCCGCAGCCAAUGCUGAUGGACCUAGAACCCCUUGGGAUUAUUUGCAGCCGGAAAGGACUUCUACACCUUCUUGUAUAGUUCUUCCGGCUAAUGCUGGCAAUGUGUCGAUUAAGUACGGGCAGAUGCAAGCACUACCUACGUUUCAUAGAUUGGACUCCGAGAGUCCAUACGUACAUUUGAAAGAAUUUGAUGAGAAGGUGAAGAUCAACAUACCUCUCUUGAGCGUGAUUAAGCAAGUUCCAGCUUACGCCAAGUUCUUGAAGGAUCUCUGCACGGUCAAGAGGAAGCACAAUGUGCAGAAAAAGGCAUUUCUCACGGAACAGGUAAGUUUUAUUCUUCAACAUAACACUCCUCCCAAAUAUAAAGAUCCGGGAUGCCCUACUAUUUCUUGUAUAAUAGGGGAUUUCAUGAUCAAACAAGCACUUCUGGAUAUGGGAGCUAGUGUAAACCUCCUACCCUUCUCGGUUUAUGAGCAGUUGGGCUUAGGUAAAUUAAAACCCACCUCAGUCACUCUACAACUUGCGGACAGGUCAGUUAAAGUACCGAGAGGGGUAGUUGAGAAUGCGUUAAUUCAAAUCGAUAAAUUUUAUUAUCCAGUGGAUUUUAUCGUUUUGGAUACUCAACCUGUAGCUAAUGCUAGUAAAGAAAUACCUGUCAUCUUAGGUCGUCCUUUUCUUGCAACUGCAAAUGCCUUGAUUAAUUGUCGAACUGGAAUAAUGAAUCUUUCAUUUGAAAAUAUGACUGUUGAGUUGAACAUAUUUGAUGCAUGUAAAGAUCCAGGUGGUAGAGAUGAUAUUCAUGAAGUUAAUAUGGUUGAAACAUGUGUGCAGGAAAAAACAUCUCAUCUAGAAGCUAAGGUUCCUUUAGAAGCUUGUCUUCCUAAUUUGUUGGAUUUCGAUGAGGAUGAAUACAUUGAAGAAGUUAAUUCUUCAGUGAAUUCAUCCAUGUUGCUGGAUUUGGAUAAGUGGCAGUCUAGAUUUGAGUCACUCAAAAUCAGUGAGACCGAGCAAUUGUCUCCAUCCGUAGAAUUCCCAAAGCCCAACCUUAAUUCCCUUCCGAGUGAACUGAAUCAUAAUAUUUUAGGACAAAAUGAAGAUGUUCAAGUUUUCAUUCCAUCUGAACUUAAUGAUAAAUAGAAGACAAUGCAUUCACAUGUUCUUAGGAAGCAUAUAAGUGUCGCAGGAUGGAGUAUUGCAGACAUAGAAGGGAUUGAUCCUAGUAUUUGCACACGUAGGAAGUCACAGCUAAAUGAACUUCAUGAGAUUAAAAAUGGGGAUGAUACGAACUGCAAAUGUAAAAUGAAAUUGUUUCUUGAUAAGCAUGUUAUUAGGGAAAUAAUUGAACCAUUUCUUUGCUAUGAUUCUCAUUUGCACCACUUUUCAGGUAAGCUUAAGUCACGAUGGAAAGACCAGUUCAAUGUUAAAAAUGAAUUUCGUGAUUAUACUGUUGGCAUUCAAAAUCCUAAUAAUAACAACAUCUUCAAGAUUAAUGUGCAGCGUUUGAAACCAUUUUUGGAACUUGUGAAUCCAGAAGUCGAUACCACGACUCUGGAGGAUCCUUCUUAUAAUUGAUUGGCUGUGUUUUGCAGAUGUCUGGAUGGAGAAAUAAAAUUCAACACUUUAGGGAGACAACCCUUGUGUUUGUGGGUAUCACAGCUGAAAGCCCUCACGAGACAGAACUCAUCCUCUUGUGCGAGCUUGAGGUUUAAAGGCUUGUUGCAUGAGCCAAAUGCAAUCGAACUGACCUGCGACAAUGGAAUUACAAAUGAAACCCGUUCACCCGGAAAAUAAAUGGCUAAACGAUGAGCUGAAUGGUGUUUGCGACAAUAAAGCUCAAGGAAACAAAAGAGGUCGGGCCUGUGGUGGUCUGCCUUGUACACCCAUGCUGCUAACCACUCGAUCCACUUGCUUGGCUCUUUCAUUUCACGGACAGAGCGAAUGGAGGCUAAGAAGAUGGACGUGGCAGCUCUCCUACCACAUUCCUUUUGUGGUCUGUCACUCUAACAUCUACAUUUCUUAUCAAAAGAAAAGGGAUCUGAGCAUCAAUUUUAGUGGAGGAUUUCUCAAUUUUCCUAGCUACUAUUACAACCAUUUUCAAUGGCGAGAGAUCGAGAUUCAGUGAGAAAGAGCCAGGAUAUGAAGAUGUUGAUUACUUCGAAUUUCUACCGUAUCAACAAGAGUGGAUCUUUGGAUUUUUGGGGUCGAGAUUCAAAUCAAUCAUUUAAUUCUUUUUCCAACAGUAGUGAUUGAAUCGUGGGGUUCUCAUGUGGGUAUGCAACUGAUAUUGAAGUUACAGCAGCAACGAACACGGAAUUUGGGGGGUUUUGAGGUUCGAUUUGGUCUGCAAUCAAUUGAAGAAGUUGGUACAGGCAUCUACAGAUGGGUUAUUCAUUGUCUGUCUUUGAUAGCGGAAAUCGAUUAUUGCAGUGGUGUUUGUGGUAGUCGUGUGUAUAUGGAGGAUUCAUGGAACUUCACUUGCGUUGUGGGUGCUGUAAAGAAGUGGAGUUUGCUGUUUUGAUGUAAACUAAAAUUGGGUUCAUGUGAAAGGAAUUGAGGGCUGAAAUGAGUAGUGUGGAUGUAUACAGAUGUUGAGGUCGAGAUUUUGGGGGUUUAAUCGAUACUAGUUUCAUGAAAUUUACAGUCUCACUGAACAAGGAAGUGGAGGCGCAUACAUGAAAACAAUUGGGUGAUUAUUGGGAUGUAUUGUAUGGGUUAGUUGUCGUCCGAGCAGUGAAGUUGGGGUCAGUGUUGGCUGAUUUUAUUAUGCUACAAAGAAGGUGCUUGGACGAGUUGGAUGCCAAUGAUUCAUGACUGAAAAUGAUGGGUUUGUGUGAAAGGUUUGCUGGGGUAAUGGUUCAAUGGAUGUAUGAUUUCAGUUCCACAUCAUCAUCUGAAUUUUAGGGGUUUGUUUACAUGGGUUGUUGAAUCAGUGGUGCAGGGCUAUGAUGGUUGCUAUUGAUGGGGAAUUUUGGUUGAUGUUUACAUUGACUGAAUUGUGAGAAUUUACAGGAAGAGAGCUGUUUAUAUCAAGUCAGAUACAGUUAACUGAUUUCAGCUUUUGUGAGCAGAAAUAUGUGGAAGACGUUACAACUAUUGGAAUGACUUUCUUCCAAUCCAGGAAAUGUUUGAAUCAAGUAGUUAGAGAAGAAGUCAAGUUGUUGCUGUAUAAAGGAUGAGCUUAAUCAACCAAGAAGGGUACGCUGGAAUACUGCAAACUUAAUUUUCUUUUUCUUUCAUUUCAUUUUCAGUUCUUUUUAGCUCUCUUGUGUGUUAGAGUUUUUGAUUCAAUAUUUUUUAUGGCUAUCUACACAACAAUGAGAAGCUAAACCCCUCUCUGCCAAGACUAGAGGGGAAGCUUAAUGGGGUUGAAGUAUUAUUUACAGUGAUCAUAAAUAAAGUCCAAGUUUUAAUUCA